ACGUACAUCAAGGGAUCUGCAUUUUAGCUACAAAAUAGUGCACUUAUUUAUUUUACCUACUCAAAUCUCUCUCAACUUCACACCAAUCUUUUAUACUAUCAUCUCUAUCCUUAUAAAAUACUAUAUUAUAUUAUCCCAUCUCUCCCACACACAAACACCCACUUCAUUAGCAGAAAACUCAAAAAUUGAACCCAAAAAAUGACUCCGGCGAAGAAGCUGAUCGGAAACCCCUCCGAUUUUGAACCCAAACCCAAACCCACAAAUUGACCCCAAUAUCCAAAAACUGAACCCAAACCCACAAAUUGAUCCCAAAUCUCUGAUUUUGAACUGUACAAAAUCAGAAGAAGUCGGAAAAUUCGGCCCGAAGAAGCCAACGAGCACGUGUCGAUCUCCGCCGACUCCGGCUUUCUGCUGCUCGUCUCGAUCUUCUUCUUCCUUGUCAAAAUCUUCAAACUCUUCUGCUGCCUCCACACGGGGAGAGAGAGAGAGAGAGAGAGAGAGAGAGAGAGAGAGAGAGAGAGAGAGAGAGAGAAAUAAUAAAAUAAAGGAUUGCUGGUGAAUAGUAGCUCGGUUGAAGUACCGAGCCAUUGAAGCAAAGGUAUUUUGCCUGUGUGUUUGACUAGGCUGGUGUAGACAGUUUUUGUGGGUUUUUCUCUUUAUUUUACCUAAUAAAUUGGAUAUACAGAGACUUGUGUACAUGCUCUAACGCAUCAGCCAAUCAAAAAAGUUCCACACACAACAGAAAAUCAUAAGAUCCAAGAUUUGUCCAAAAGACUUUGAUUUCCUCAAACCCUAGAUUUAAGCGAAAAACCCUUGAAAUCAUUCGCCUUAUAACCAAUUGGUUUCAGAGCUGUGUGUGCUUUGAUCCGUGAGUGCUUUUGUGUUAUACAUUGGCCAUAUACUCCACUAAUUUGGGUUGAAAUCCAUUCUAGGCUUUAAUUGCUGAAAGGUCUGAUUUUUUUUUUUUCCACUUAUAUAUACUUUUGUAUGCCCAGUUGCAUUUGAUUUAGCAAAAGAUAAGAUAGAAUUCGAAUUGGGUUUUGGGUUUAAGACUUGAAUUUGGGAUAUUGGGUUUAAAUCCGUUCUGGGUUUUAAUUGCUGAAAGGUCUGAUUAUUAUUAUUAUUUUUCUAUUAUAUACUUUUGUUUGCCCAGUUGCAUUUGUUUUGGCAAGAUAAGAUAGAAUCCGAGUUGGGUAAUUGGGUUUUGGGUUUUGGGUUUAAGACUUGGUAGCAGUGUCUUCCUUUUCUAUAUUUUUUGGUUGAUAGGAAAAAGUUUCGUUUUUUUGCCGCAUGAGGUAUUCUUUACUCUUUAGUGCCCAAUUUGCAUUUACUUCUAUUGCAAUACCGAUAAUUUUAAUUGGGUUUUGAGUUGACUUGGUGGCAGUGUUCCUUGCCCAUCAUAUUGGAUUGGUUCAUUGGAAACUGAGGGGUGCCUCUAACUUUGGGGCCAAUUGGUGAGCUUGGUUUUCAUUUCGAGGUGAAUUUAGAAGGAUUAGUAAGUAUACAGUUUGGUGUUGAUGAGAGGAGGGGGGGAAGAGGAGAUGAGAUGAGAGAGAGCUGAGGAGGGAUUGGGGAGACAACAGUGACGACAAUGUCAUCGGGUAUUCGUAAUUCAGGAAGCAAUGGAUCAUUGCAACAGUUUCAUCUGUUGGCGAUUCAGACCACGCCUCCCCUAUCCGCCCGUAAGGCUUUUUCUAAGAUGUCCAAAGAGAAGGAGAGUUUGUUCCAUUGGAUCUGUAAAUUCGUCGGCCGCAAGAAGGUUGGAAUGCUGCUCUUGUGUCUUGUCUCUGCUGCAGUUUUUGGAGGGGUUUUGUAUGUUGGCAAAGGUGAAGAUUCUCAAGUACGCGACCGAAUUGAGAGCAUUAGACUUAACAAUACCUUGAGAUUUCCUGGAUCAUCGCCCACAUAUAUGGAGCAAAAUAAUGAUAAUGGCAUCAUUUCAUCUACACAGAAUUAUGUGGAAAGUAAUCAAAGUAGAUUGCAACCUCCUGCAUUUUUUACUGGAUACACUCUUCCUCCAGGGAAUCCAUGUGAAACUUUCACAUUGCCUCCCCCUCCAGCAGAUAAAAAAAGGACUGGACCACGUCCAUGUCCAGUAUGUUAUCUACCGGUUGAAGAAGCAAUUGCGCUAAUGCCAAAUUCCCCAUCAUUUUCUCCCGUACUCAAACAGUUAACCUAUAUUCAUGAAGAAAAUCUAAGUAGAAGUGAGUUUGGAGGCUCAGAAUUUGGUGGAUAUCCAUCUCUGUUGCAAAGGAAUGAUUCUUAUGAUAUACGAGAGUCAAUGAAUGUGCAUUGCGGAUUUGUCAGAGGAAUUAAGCCUGGACGUCAAACAGGAUUUGAUAUUGAUGAUUCUGACCUCCUUGAAAUGGAGCAGUGUCGUGGGAUUGUUGUUGCCUCUGCAAUUUUUGGAGCCUAUGAUUUGAUACAACAGCCAACAAAUAUUAGUGAAGCUGCCAAGGAGAAUGUUUGCUUCUUUAUGUUUGUGGAUGAAGAAACGGAACUAUUUCUGAGAAAUUCUAGUCAGCUGGAUAACAACAAGAAGCUUGGAUUGUGGAGAACUGUUGUUGUGCAUAACCUUCCUUAUACUGAUCCUAGACGCACUGGGAAGAUUCCGAAGCUUCUACUGCAUAGGCUUUUCCCCAAUGUCCGCUUUUCUCUCUGGAUUGAUGGAAAACUUCAGCUAGUUGUGGAUCCAUAUCAAAUCCUUGAAAGGUUCUUGUGGAGAAAAAAUGCCAGUUUUGCAAUAUCCAGGCACUAUAAACGCUUUGAUGUGUUUCUGGAAGGAGAGGCUAAUAAGGCUGCUGGGAAGUAUGAUAAUGCCUCUAUUGACUUCCAGACUGAAUUUUACAAGAUGGAGGGUCUAACCCCAUACUCUGAGGCCAAGCUUCCCAUUACAAGUGAUGUUCCUGAAGGAUGUGUGAUAAUAAGAGAGCAUAUUCCUAUCUCCAACCUCUUUACUUGUCUUUGGUUCCACGAAGUUGACCGUUUUACUUCCAGAGACCAGAUUAGUUUUGCUAUUGUAAGGGACAAGAUUGUGUCAAAGACAAAUUGGACGAUCAAUAUGUUCUUGGAUUGCGAGAGACGGAACUUUGUAGUUCAGGGGUAUCAUAGAGAUGUUCUAGAGCACUGGGCUCCUCCUCCUCCUCCUGGUUCUACAGCUAUUGUUCAUCCCCCACCACCUUUUGUUGAUCAAACACCAAAUAAAACGACACCCAAGAUUUCAACAGAAGUUAUUUUAAGUCCUCCAAUUAAGCAAAUCCUGGCAAAGCGGGGUAAAGAAAAGAAAUCCAUUUCCAACCGUCACCGCAAGGUUGCUGCGGGCAGUAGGGAAAUCAGUUCCAGAUAAGAUUUUUGUUUUAGGCAAAUUUACAGUUAUUUUCCUUCCCUAUUUAAAAUCAUACUAUGGGGCUGGGAAUAUAGGCAGGAUGAGAGCUUUGUAGUUGUGUUUCUACACAACAUAUCUCUUCAUUUUGCAAUUUUUUGUUUUUUUGGUUUUUUGAUUUAUUAAAAGCUACCCAUUAUUUGGUGUAUAUAUACAGUUGAGUCCCCAAUAAUUAUCACAUGGGCUGCUUCCAUUUCCUCAUUUGAGGGAGCCCAUUUUCUUUUUUUACAGGAGUUUAUUGUAUUGGACCUUGGUUAUUAAUGAAAAUAUUGGUUUUACUUUGUCCUUGAUAAA